CGGAGUGGCUUGGUAAGAAUACACCACUCAACACUUCAACCUUGGACUCGAGUCGUUGAGGAAGCCCGAUUCGCCCAUCGAUACAUAUCUAGUACGACCAGCCGUGUUUAUUUGAUGUCUGUUGGUGAGCAUCUGUUGCCGAAUCCGAGACGAGCUUGAACGUUAGCCAAAACAAAACAAAAAAAACAGAACAACUCAGCUAUUAUGGUGGCGUCCGGAGACCCGCCUAAUCAAGGUCUCAAGACUCAACUCAAGGCAGCUUUGAAUGAUUCCAGUUUAUCCGAAGAGGGGUUUGAGACUUCGAAAGUGAUUGCGUUGAUUGAUGUGUUACUCCAGGAAGGAGAUAGCACCAGUGGCUCAGUAACCAGUCACACCUUCCCAUCACGAAAAAAGCUGGUAAAGAUGAUCAAGACUUGUUACCAGUUUGUGAUCAAAAACAAGGCAGGCAAAGAGGUGAUGUGGUUUGUGGAUAUGAAGAAGAAGGGUCGGGUUGCCAAAGGAAAGGCGCCGUUCAAACCAGACGUAACGAUAUGGUGUUCAGACAAUGACUUGGUAGCUCUGGCCACUGGAGAAAUGAACCCUCAAAAGCUUUAUGCUGCUAACCGGAUCAAAGUCCGUGGUAACCUCGACAAGGCGCUCAAAGUAGAACGGAUCAUCUCUCAUGAACGCGACAAAAUCUUGUUGGCUGGCCAAGAACCCUCGCCAUCCUCGGUCUCGCUUUCGAAAUCAAUCGCAGGCUCGCGUAGCAGCAAGCUAUGACUUAAUCAGUAUAAAUCUUGACAUAAAGCACAUGUAUGACUAACGCUUGUUGUGUAAUCUGCAUUCGGUCUACGAAUCUAUCCGAUGUACAAUGUACCUUACCAGCAUCGUUUUUCCGUCUGUUUUAUAGCUGUUUUUUUUUGUCCGGUGUGUCUCAACCCGUGAUUAUGCAAUAUUCUUGUAAUUUUGUUGUACUCUUUAUUUUUUCCCCGAGUCAUUUAUGUUUUUAUCCUGCUGUCAUUUCACCAUUUCACACCAGCAUGAAUCCCGUCCUGUUGAAGAAUCAUUUUUUUGACAUUUCACCGCAUCUUUCAGCAUGUUCCUCUGUAUGAAGCAAUGAACAUUUUUCUUUUCAUUUGUUACACAGUCUUAACUUCGCUCCGCAUGUUUAGUUUAUACAAGCGAUUCUGAUGUUCAUUGUUAUCGUACUGGUGUACUGUUAGCAAAACAAUUUUUGAUCGGUAGCCUUUCCCUCACCACCGACAACUGAUUCAUAUGAAUCUCUGGGAUCCCG